UUCCUUGAGAAAUUUGGACACCUUUUCCCGCGCUUUCCCAAACUAUAAGUAGGAGUCAGUAAAGCUUCUAAUUUUAAUCGUAGUAAACUAUAGAUCAAAUUGGCCGGUGAAACCCUAGAAAUUGAACUGAAUGAAUGAGGAUUUCUUCUCAAUAUCGCUCUAUAAUAUCGAGCAUUAAUCACAGCAUAAGAUCCAAUACUAAUCUAGAUUGUUAUUGCUAUUAUUCAUCGUUAUCUCCCAAUCCCAACCUCUUGACAUUGUUCAAUAAAUACGUUGAUCACACUGAUGUAUAUUCUUGGAACUCAAUCAUCGCCGAGUUGGCUCGUAAUGGUGACUCAGUUGAAGCACUUCGGGCCUUUUCGUCAAUGCGUAAACUCGGUCUCAUACCUAACCGCAAUACAUUACCUUGCACCAUCAAAUCAUGUUCUUCUCUUUCGGACAUUUUCUGCGGCCGACAAGUUCACCAGCAGGCUUUGUUAUUUGGGUUUGAUUCUGAUCUUUUUGUGUCAUCUGCUUUGAUAGAUAUGUACUGUAAAUGUGGUCAGAUAUGGGAUGCGCGCCAGGUGUUCGAUGAAAUUCCCAUGAGAAAUAUUGUGUCUUGGACGUCAAUGAUCACGGGUUGUGUUCAGAAUGAUGAGUCUCAUGAGGCUUUGGUGUUGUUCAAUGAGUUUUUAGCUGAAGAAAGUGAAUUUAAGGGAAAUGAGGGUUGUUGUGUUGAUCCUGUUGCUUUGGUUUCGGUUCUGACAGCUUGUGCUCGGGUUUCGAACAAGUUUGUGACCGAAGGAGUUCAUGGAUUUUCGAUAAAACGAGGUUUUGAAGGGUCUAUGGUGGUCAGGAAUACUUUGAUUGAUGCAUAUGCCAAGUGCGGUGAAUUGGGUAUGUCAAAGAAGAUGUUUGAUAGUAUGAUAGAGAAAGAUGCUGUUUCUUGGAACUCAAUGAUUGCAGUGUUUGGACAAAAUGGGCUGUCAACUGAAGCUAUCGAUGUAUUUCGUGCCAUGGUAAACGAUGGACUUGUCAGAUAUAAUGCUGUGACAAUAUCUGCUGUUCUGUUGGCUUGCUCUCAUGCUGGAGCUUUAGUUCUUGGCAAGUGUAUACAUGAUCAGGUUGUUAAGAUGGGCUUGGAACAGAAUGUCUUCGUUGGCACAUCAAUCAUUGACAUGUAUUGCAAAUGCGGGAGAGUUGUAACAGCCAGGAGAGUAUUCAAUCGCAUGAAGAAUAAGAAUGUAAGAUCCUGGAGUGCAUUGAUAUCUGGUUAUGCAAUGCAUGGGUAUGCCACAGAAGCUCUAGAUCUUUUCUAUGAUAUGAAAAGGUUAAGGGUAAAGCCAAAUUAUGUAACUUAUAUAUCAGUUUUAACUGCGUGUAGCCAUGCUGGCCUUGUCAAAGAAGGUUGGGACUGCUUCACUAGCAUGAAAAGAGAAUUCGAUAUAGAACCUGGGGUCGAGCACUAUGGUUGUAUGGUUGAUCUUUUCGCUCGUGCUGGUUUACUUGGGAAGGCAUAUGAUUUAAUCAGAGAAAUGAAAGUUGAGCCUGAUUUUGUGAUUUGGGGAGCUCUCUUGGCUGGGUGCCGGAUGCACAAAAAUUUAGAGCUAGCAGAAAUAUCUGCACAGAAAUUGUUUGAGUUGGACUCGAGCAAUUGUGGUUAUUACGUCUUGCUUUCUAAUAUGUAUGCUGAUGCUGGAAGAUGGGCAGAUGUUGAGAGAAUUAGGAUCCUCAUGAAAAGUAAUGGAUUGAUUAAACCACCUGGAUUUAGCUUGUUAGAAACAAAAGGAAAAGUUCAUGUAUUUUUGGUUGGAGAUAAAGAGCACCCUGAACAUAAGAAAAUUUAUGAGUAUCUGGACGAACUUUAUAUGAAAUUAAAGGAAGUUGGAUAUGUAUCUGAUAAGACUUCUGUUCUUCAUGACGUUGAUGAUGAAGAGAAGGAAAUUAUCCUACGAGUUCACAGCGAGAAGCUUGCAGUUGCGUAUGGUAUUAUGAAUUCUGUACCUGGGACUACAAUCCAUGUCAUCAAGAACCUUAGAGUUUGUGGUGAUUGCCACACUGUGAUAAAGCUUAUAUCCAAAAUUGUGAACCGAGAAAUUGUAGUCAGAGACUCUAAGCGUUUCCAUCAUUUUAAAGAUGGCACAUGCUCCUGCUGUGACUACUGGUGAUUGAUAAAGACAUACGACCUUGAUGUAGAGAUAGCAGAUUAAUUUGAAUUCAUGAACUACUGGAUUUGUUGUCAUAAGAUAUUGUUUGCUGAUUAUUUCCAUCAUUAGCAAUUGGCAUAAACGCUGAGGAUUAAGUGCAAAUCAAUUACCAAAAAAGCUUGCUGAUUUUGAAGAUGAGUUAUAAAUUCAUGGAGAGCAUCCUCUGAAAAUCUUCUCCAGAAGUAAGGCUUUCCUCCUAGGCGAAUUCUCUUGGAUGUGCUGUUUGUUAUGAUCAAAGAAACUUAGAGUACGCUGCAGGGUAUCAUUUUCAGCCUUCAAUCGCCUCACCUGAUUUUGAAGCUUUAUAAUGGUCUCUCUUUUCUCAGUAUUCCUUCUAAUCAACUCCACUUGUAGCUGUGUAUUUUGUUCAACAAGUUUAGAAAAUUUGAACUUCACUCUAUCAGAGCAGGCAUUUUCAACCAACAUAAUGUUGCUUCCAUCUUGGGGUACCGACCUGUCUGGAACUCUCUUCAUUUGUUCAAGAUCAAUCAUAGUGUCUUCACGUUCAAUGUCAGUAUCGUCCUCAGUGGAUUCGGGAUUGGACCAAGUAGCCUCCAAAUCUCGGGUUCUGAAGACUUCCCUAUUUUUUAUGCUUAAAGGGGACGAUGAUUCUGAAACUUGGAAAUCAUUAGCAGAAAGGUUUAACCUUCCAUAUUCAUUAGCUAUGGAGCGAUAUGAUACGCAGAGAUCUUGAACUGCUUCUAAAAUCAGGAUGCAUACCUGAGAUGAUUCCCUGAGGCGACUGAUCGCUGCAACCGGAAGGUUUCUGUGCAGGGGAUUCAAUUAUUUCCAUGGUGAAAUCUUAGAUGGAUCUGUCAAGAAACUUAAGAUGCACUUCAAAGUAUGCAAACUUCUCUUGUCAGUUGGCUAUAAUUUCUUCAUAUUUAUAGUUUUUUUUUUUCAAAUUUAAAAUUUAUUUUUUUUUUUGUUUUGGAGUAUUUAAUUUAGAUUAAUAUCCGUUAUUGGGGUGCUUA